GAAAAAUUGAUUGCCUAUCAGCGGGAAUUUCAUGCUUUAAAGGAACGCCUUCGCAUUGCUGAACAUCGAACACUACAGCGCUCGUCUGAGCUACACGCAAUACUAGAACAGUUCCGGAAAGCAGUUUCUGAGGCAAAUGGGAGCAGAGAUGCAUUAAGUCACUUUUCAGAUGAAGCUCAGAAACUGUUCAAAGACUUAACUAAUAGAAAAUCACUACAAGUGCCAAAUAUUUACUACCAUAUGCCUCAUUUAUUAAACCAUGAAGGAAGCCUUCAGCCUGCUGUGCAGGUUGGCCUUGGAAGAACAGGAGUGUCAAUAGUAAUGGGCAUCCCUACUGUAAAGAGGGAAGUUAAGUCUUACUUGACUGAGACGCUACAUUCCCUGAUUGAUAAAUUGUCUCCAGAGGAAAAACUUGACUGUGUUAUAAUAGUCUUCAUUGGAGAGACAGACCUUGAUUACGUGCACAGUGUGGUUGCAAGCUUACAAAAAGAAUUCUCUGUAGAAAUUGGCUCCGGAUUAGUUGAAGUAAUCUCUCCUCCUGCUGCCUAUUAUCCAGACAUGACAAAUUUAAAGGAAACCUUUGGAGAUUCAAAGGAGAGAGUCAGAUGGAGAACCAAACAGAAUUUAGACUAUUGCUUUCUUAUGAUGUAUGCUCAGCGGAAGGGUAUUUAUUACAUUCAGAUUCAAGUAAUUCAACCAAACAGAAUUACUUCAGUAUAUAAAACUAUCAAGAAUUUUAAGCACAUUCAGUUGUCUUCAGAAGACUGAUGAUUUUUGGAAUUUUUCUCAGUUAGAGAUUCAAAAGGAAAAUGUUUCAAGCACCUGACAUAACACUCAUUGUUGAGUUCAUUUUUAUGUUCUAUAAGGAGAAGCCUAUUGAUUGGCUCCUGGAUCAUAUUUUAUGGGUCAAAGUCUGCAACCCAGAAAAAGAUGCAAAACAUUGUGACAGGCAAAAGUCUAAUCUUCGAAUCCGUUUCCGGCCAUCUUUGUUCCAGCAUGUCGGCCUGCACUCUUCUUUAGCAGGGAAAAUACAAAAACUCACAGAUAAAGAUUUCUUAAAACCAUUGCUACAUAAAAUUCAUGUGAAUCCACCAGCUGAAGUCUCCACUUCUUUGAAAGUGUACCAAGGCCACACUCUAGAGAAGACCUACUUGGGAGAGGACUUCUUCUGGGCGAUCACCCCUUUGGCUGGAGACUACAUCUUAUUCAAGUUUGAUAAACCAGUACACGUAGAAAGGUAUCUCUUUCGAAGUGGUAAUCCUGAACACCCUGGAGACUUGCUGAUAAACACAACAGUGGAAGUGCUACCUUACCAGAAGGAAAUUUUGGAUAUAAGAAAGAAUGCCAAAGACAAGCUUCCGUCAGAUGGAUUCCUCAGAGUAGGUAAAUUUGAAGAUGGCGUUGCAGAAGGACCAGUAGAUCCCAGUCUGAACCCAAUUGCAGCAUUCCGACUUUCAGUCCUACAGAAUUCAGCUGUAUGGAUCAUUCUCAAUGAGAUCCACAUAAAGAAGAUUCAGACUGACUGA